GGUAUUUUCAGGCUGCCGCAUUAGCUUCUUCAAUGGGGUCUUUAGGAUUUUCGAUUUCAAUGAUAGCUUCGCUGAGUCCAACUUUGACGGAGUCGAGGCUAAUCUAUUCGAUGGGUUGUGUCUCGACGAUUGUUGCUCCUAGUUUGUCUUCAGUCUCUGUGGUUUCUUCUUCACCGGGGACAAGAAGGAGGGACCGAAAUUUAAGGCUCAGAUCUUCCAUGUCACAAAGUAUGGUUACAACGCCAGAUUCCGAUGUUGGCGUCGUGUCUUCUGCAACUACUAAAAAGGUGCUUGUUCCAAUUGGAUAUGGUACGGAGGAAAUAGAAGCUGUUGUGUUAGUUGAUGUUUUACGGCGAGCUGGUGCAGAGGUUACUGUUGCCUCUGUGGAGCAGAAGCUAGAGGUUGAAGCAUCCUCAGGGACCAGAUUAGUUGCUGAUGUUCUUAUCUCCAAAUGUGCUGAUCAAGUUUAUGAUCUAGUGGCUUUGCCGGGAGGCAUGCCUGGUGCUGUUAGAUUAAGAGACUGUGGAAUUCUCGAGAAGAUCAUGAAGAGACAAGCUGAAGAUAAGCGGUUAUACGGGGCUAUAUCCAUGGCUCCAGCUAUAACUCUUCUUCCAUGGGGACUUUUGACAAGAAAGAGGACAACGGGACAUCCUGCUUUUUUCGGGAAGCUUCCUACAUUCUGGGCUGUUAAGACAAACAUUCAGAUUUCAGGGGAGCUUACAACUAGCCGUGGACCCGGCACUUCUUUUCAGUUUGCUCUUUCCUUGGCGGAGCAGCUCUUUGGAGAAACCACAGCCAAGUCGGUUGAAGAGUUUCUGCUUCUGCGUGAUGGUUACCAGAAUCCUAAGAACAAAGAGUUCAAUAGCAUUGACUGGUCUUUAGACCACACACCUCGUGUUCUUAUCGCGGUAGCCAACGGGUCUGAAGAGGUUGAAGUGGUCACAAUUGCAGAUGUUCUUAGAAGAGCCAAAGUAGAUGUCACUGUUGCAUCAGUUGAACGAUCUUUGCGGAUUACGGCAUCCCAAGGCACCAAAAUUAUCACCGACAAAUUGAUUGGUGAAGCUGCUGAGUCAUCAUAUGAUCUAAUCGUUCUUCCGGGAGGCCAUACUGGCUCAGAACGUCUCCAGAAAUCCAAAAUUUUGAAGAAACUGCUCAGGGAACAACAUAAAUCUGGGCGAGUAUAUGGAGCCGCCAACUCUUCAUCUGCCGUCCUGCAUAAACAUGGUUUACUCAAGGAGAAGAGAACGACUGUGUAUCCUUCAGAGACAGAUGGGCUUAUGAAUCAACAAAUGAUCGAAGGAGCAGAAGUUGUUAUAGAUGGAAACGUGAUUACAAGUUUGGGGCUCGCAACUGUUACCAAAUUUUCCCUGGCUAUUGUUAGCAAGCUGUUUGGACAUGCUAGAGCAAGGAGUGUUUCAGAAGGGCUUGUGCAUGAGUAUCCAAGGCAUUAAACACCGUUUGAAAGCAUCUUGUUCAAGAAACACAGUUAGAAGAUGUCUCAUUUCUGAUCUUAAACCGAAGUCUUGCGUUCCGAUGGUAUCUCAACUCCAGAGACUUGUCACCAGUAUCAUCUGUUCAACUUAGAGGCACCUUAUCCAGAAGCUGGAUGAUAUCUACAAGAAUUUUGCCAAUUUAGUUGUGUAUCUAAUUUUGUUCACCCAGUAGGAUAUACCAGAUGUUGAUGCUAAACUUGAUGUUUCAGUUCUUCUUUUCACUCUCUUAUACAAGUUUAUAAAGUUGUUGACGUAGU